AUGCAGAGCACUCUUCCAGCGUCUUGGUACCGCGAACCAGGCUUCUAUCAACUCGAGCGACGUGCGAUUUUCAGCAAAUCAUGGAUUCUCAUAUCUCACUCGUGUCAAUUCAACGACGCCGGGAAAUACGUUCGUUACGAAAUGGCUGGUUAUCCAUUCUUUGUCAUCCGAGACCGAGCCGGUAAUAUCAAUGCAUUCCUCAACGUAUGUCGUCACAGGGCAUUCCCCAUUGUACACAAAGAUUCAGGGCAAGCGUCGGUAUUGUCAUGCAAAUAUCAUGGAUGGUCCUAUAAGAUGAAUGGUGACUUGGCCAAGGCUCCACGAUUUGACCAUGUUGCAGAAUUCGAUAACGACAGGUACAAACUGUACAAGUUGCAUACUCACAUCGACAAACUUGGCUUCCUCUGGGUCAAUCUUGAUGCAGCGGAGACACCUACCCACAGCUGGGAGGAGCAAUUCGGUGGAGUGACCGAGCAGCCGCGCCUGAAGAACUAUGACUUGAGCAACUAUCAGUAUGACCACACUUGGUCGAUGGAGGGCAAAUUCAACUGGAAGACCUUAAUUGAGAACUACAACGAGUGUUACCAUUGUCCUACAGCUCAUCCAGGGCUCGCACCCUUUUUUAAGGGCAAUAAGCAGAUGGUAUAUGGCUGCCAGAAGCACUGGAUAGAGCAUCUUGGUGGCAAGGGCGAGGAGAGAUCAAGCUCCGUUAGCCCUACCUUUGCGUUUCCGAACGCUUCAAUAACCCUGACCCCUGUCUUGUUUUACAUGAUGUCCAUAGUUCCUACCUCGGCUACCACGAGCUUGAUGCGCUAUGAGGUUUACCGCGCUAAGGAUGCUACCGAUGAGCAAUUCAAGGAAAAGCUAGACUUUUUUGCUCAGGUUGAGGGAGAGGACAAGUGGCUCGCCAACGGAACCCAGUGCAAUCUAAACAGCGACACGUACACCACCGGACCUUUCCACCCGGAGGUUGAGGAAGGGGUGACUUUCGUCACGGAGUUGGUCAAAGGUAUUCUGCAUCAACACAUUGACGAGGAAAAGGAGCGUGGAGAUGAAUGGUGGCCUGCACGAAGAGCCUUGAUAAAGAAGACUUCCGAAGAGGAUGAGGUGUUCUGCAGAAGCGUUUGCCAAAACUCCACCUCGAACGGGAACAGUAUGCCAGAGGGACUUAGCUGGUAA